AGACGAGCCGAAGCUCGGGGCCGCAGCCGCCCUGACCGCGGAGCGCCGCCACCGCAGCGCCUGCAGUCGCGAGCGCGCCGGGAACUGCGCGCGGCCGAGGGCGCGCGGGCGGGGGCGCGCAGGCCCUGCCCGCCCCUUCCGUCCCCACCCUCCUCCGCCCCUUCCUCUCCCCAUCUUCCUCUCGCCUCCCGCGCCCCGGCACCGGGCACCCACCCUGUCCUCCUCCUGCAGGAGCGCUGUCCGCGUUGGCGGCCGGAACGGGCCGGGCCGGGCCAGCGGGCCAGGGGAUGGCGCUGCUGGACCUGGCCCUGGAGGGAAUGGCCGUCUUUGGGUUCGCCCUCUUCUUGGUGCUGUGGUUGAUGCAUUUCAUGGCCAUCAUCUACACCCGAUUACACCUCAACAAGAAGGCAACUGACAAGCAGCCAUAUAGCAAGCUCCCGGGUGUGUCUCUUCUGAAGCCCCUCAAAGGGGUAGAUCCUAAUUUAAUUAACAACUUGGAAACAUUCUUUGAAUUGGAUUAUCCCAAAUAUGAAGUACUCCUUUGUGUACAAGAUCAUGAUGAUCCAGCCAUUGAUGUAUGUAAGAAGCUUCUUGGAAAAUAUCCAAAUGUCGAUGCUAGACUGUUUAUAGGUGGCAAAAAGGUUGGCAUUAAUCCUAAAAUUAAUAAUUUAAUGCCAGGAUAUGAAGUUGCGAAGUACGAUCUUAUAUGGAUUUGUGAUAGUGGAAUAAGAGUAAUUCCAGACACACUUACUGACAUGGUUAAUCAAAUGACAGAGAAAGUAGGCUUGGUUCAUGGGCUGCCUUACGUAGCAGACAGACAGGGCUUUGCUGCCACAUUAGAACAGGUAUAUUUUGGAACUUCCCAUCCAAGGUACUAUAUCUCUGCCAACGUCACUGGUUUCAAAUGUGUAACAGGAAUGUCUUGUUUAAUGAGAAAGGAUGUGUUAGAUCAAGCAGGAGGACUCAUAGCUUUUGCUCAAUACAUUGCUGAAGAUUACUUUAUGGCCAAAGCUAUAGCUGACCGAGGAUGGAGGUUUGCAAUGUCCACCCAAGUUGCAAUGCAAAACUCUGGCUCGUACUCAAUAUCUCAGUUUCAAUCCAGAAUGAUCAGGUGGACCAAAUUGAGAAUUAACAUGCUUCCUCUUACGAUAAUUUGUGAACCAAUUUCAGAAUGCUUCGUUGCCAGUUUAAUUAUUGGAUGGGCAGCCCACCAUGUGUUCAGAUGGGAUAUUAUGGUAUUUUUCAUGUGUCAUUGCCUGGCGUGGUUCAUAUUUGACUACAUUCAACUCAGGGGUGUCCAGGGUGGCACACUGUGUUUUUCAAAACUUGAUUAUGCUGUCGCUUGGUUCAUCCGAGAAUCCAUGACAAUAUACAUUUUUUUGUCGGCAUUAUGGGACCCGACGAUAAGCUGGAGAACUGGUCGCUACAGAUUGCGCUGUGGGGGUACAGCAGAGGAAAUCCUUGACGUAUAACUACAGCUUUGUGACUGUAUAUAAAGGAAAAAAGAGAAGUAUUAUAAAUUAUGUUUAUAUAAAUGCUUUUAAAGAUCUACCUUCAGUAGUUUUAUCACAUGUAUGUUUUGGUAUCUGUUCUUUAAUUUAUUUUUGCAUGGCACUUGCGUCUGUGAAAAAAAAAAAAACACAUCUGUAGUCUUGGCCAAAUGAUACACUUUAUUUUGUGGAAAUAGAAAAUCAAGAGAACUGGUUCUAGGAACCUGGGUUUGUUUUAUGUUGCUGUUUAUUUUUUUAAAAUAGAUAAAUAAAUGCAUAUAUAGAUGAAAGCUCUGCAACAAACACUAUGUCAGUAUCUUUCAGUAGAGAAAGUUUCUUAUUUGUGAGUACACUCUUUGAGGAUGUUUGUGGGUGGGAUGGCAGCAGCUUGGGGGGUUUAGAAAACACUGGAAGGUAAUGACCAUUCACGUCCAGUGUGAAUGGUCUUGAUUAUGCAGUUGAACAACCCACAGCGAGGUACUAAGAAACUUUUUAUGCUUUAUGCCUACCUCUUAUAGUCGUUGCAGAGCAAAUAUAAAUUGUGAUAAGGUAGCUAGGCCUUGCAGAAACAAACGGGAAAAAACUUUUAAAAACUAUAAUAAUAAAAAGAGCUGGAGUCUAGUAUUUAUAUGAAUCUGUAAGUGAUAUUUUUUUGGUCUUACUGCAAUGAACCAAAAGUGGCUGAGUUUGGUUUUCAAUUGUAGCCAUGUAUCAAAGGCAUCUUUUUGACCAACUCUCGUUGGUUCUGUCUUGAACCAUUGUUAAUCACUGUGCUGUAAUUAGUAUAGCUCAAUCUUUCCCUUCCCUGCUCCUUACCCGACCCACCCCAUCUUUUCCUUAACUUUUUUUGGGGGGCGGGGGGCGGGUUGGGAGUGGUUUUGUUUUAGUGUGAGUGGAUGUUUUGAUAGUUGUAAGGAAAAAUGCAUUUCAGACACAUUUCACGUGAGCUAUUUUCUUACACAGUAUGUCUUACUGUUAAUAAGAAUGUAAUUUCAUGAUACAGGUAUUUAAUAUCUUUUUUAAGUAAGUAAAUAUUCUAGCCAUCAAUAAAUAAAUUGCAGUAGAGUAUUAAGAGGGAACAGGAUGCAUUUUACUCUUAGAAUUAGUCGGUAUCAAACUAAGUCUACUGUGAGUGUGUUUUUUUUUUUUUUUUUUUUAGCUAUGAUAGUCUAGUCUUAUUUAAAUUGGGUUUUUGUAUUCCAGUUUGUACGGCAGAGUAGACUAGAUGAGCUGAGCGCUAGCUGUAAAUGCAUGCUGUAUUUCACUUCUCAUGCCGAUAAACUUGCUUGGCAGUUUGUGCUUAACUUGUGGUGAACUGGACUUGUUUUUGUUUUUUAAAAAUAAGCAAAAAUGUAAGGGACAGUGCAUAAGCCUUUUUUUUUUUUUUUAUAGUGGUAUUUUUCUUUUUCUUCGGGAUCAGAUGGCACGUUGUCCUUAUGAAUGCCUACUCCAGGGCUAACACUGGCAAUACGACAGCUUCAGAGUCUAAGUAACUACCGUUUCCAUAUGAAAGCAUACUGUGUAGCAUAUUAGCAAUAACUACAUACUUAUAGAAAACAAACCUUUUCACUUUACUGAGCCAAUUCAUCCAAUUGUCUAAUGACUGUCUACAUGGUUUAAAAUGCAAUAUAGCUAUACGUGUGUAUCCAUAUUAUAUUUAAAGCUUUUCUGUGGGCCAAACUGCCUCAUCCUUUUUUCCUUUUUUGCCCCCUUUCUUUGCCUUAUGAUAAAUUUGUUUGAAGGGCAUUUUUUUGUUUUACGAACAAAGGCUUGGAUGCAUAUUCCUUUCUUUAUAUGAAAUGGGUACAUUGUUCCCUGAGGAAAGUUGCACAGUAAAAACCAGUCUAGUUGUGACCCACUACAUGUUUAUUUUUUUAAUCACUAUUACAUGAGUUGAACUCUGCUGACCAUGUUUGCGGUUUGUUGGUUUGUUUAAUGAAGUUUGGUUGAUGCCAUCGUUUGCACUGCUGAAGUGGAGUUUUAUUACUUAGCUUUCCGCCGAUCUCAGUACGCGCAAUGUAACAACAAAACCAAAAUGGCUGGACAGACUUCUUGUGUUUUGUAAAUAUAAAAAAAAAAAAAAAUGACUGUUCUGUGUGUGUGUUUAAUGUAGUAGUGGAGUAUUUCCUUAAAGUGAAGCUUCACUUAAACAGAAUGAUUCCUUGUUUAGCAGGUUUGGAGUGAUAGAAACUGGUAAAAAAUAAAACAAAUGUUAAAGCAUCACAACAGAACUAUAGAAGUCCAAAUUUAAUAAACUGUCUUUUUUU